AUGCAUAAGUUAGUAGUGCUCCGCCACGGUGAGAGUCAGUGGAACCAUGAAAAUAAGUUUUGUGGGUGGAUCGACAUCCCGCUUUCCGAGAAAGGUGAAAAAGAGGCGCAACACGCUGGUGAACUAUUGAAAAAGUACGACAUACGGCCUGAUGUGAUGUUUACGUCGAUGCUUCAGAGGCUGAUCAAGACGGGCAACAUUAUCUUGGAAACAAUCGGUCGUAUGUGGAUCCCCCAGUAUAAACUGUGGCGGCUCAACGAGAGGCACUAUGGACUGUUCCAGGGUAGAGAUAAGAACGAGGUUUUCAAGGAAUUCGGCAAGGAGAAGUACCAAUUUUAUAGAAGAAACGUCGAUGGCGUGCCUCCAGAGACAGGCAGUGUCGAUAACGAUGAGUCGAUUGACGAGAGAUACAAGUUCAGUGAUAUACCCGUUGAGAAGUUGCCUCAGGGAGAGCUGCUUCGGAUGACCAUAAGAAGGGUGGUUCCUUAUGUGGAUGAUAUUGUGAAAAAUGAGACUCUAAAACAAGAAAGGGAGGUUUUAAUCGUUACUCACGGAUCCAUUGUGAGAAGUCUCAUCAAGCACUUCUGCAAGAUGAGUGAUGAGGCCAUCAGCAAGAUCAAUGCACCUACCGGGGUGCCGCUCGUAUUUGAGUUGGACGAGCAAGGUAACCUACUGAAGGAGAUGUACUAUCUUGACGAGGAGUUGGCGAAGAAGGGAAUCGCCAAAGUGGCCAUGGAGGGUCAUGGUUCUCAAUCGAAGCUCUAA